GUCAGGGAAAGCCAAUCCGUGGAGGGGACGCGGGAGGAGGGGACGCCCCGGCCGCCCCGCGCGCAGCCAAGUGGAAAACUUGGUCACCUUGUGAUGAGCGGCUGCGCGCCUGCUUUGAGCGAGGGCACCCCUUUCAGGUCGGGUUGCGGACAGGCAUCAGGAGACAGCCCGCAUCACCAAGCGAAGAGAUGAGCUAUUUUGUUGCUGAUCAUGUCCAAUCGAAUGGCCCGGAUCUUUUAAUUAGUCUUUUUGCUUCCACUCCUGAAAUCGUUGUAAAAAUGCCAUCAGCUCCCAGGAUCUACAAAUGAUCGCUGAACAAAUUUUCACCACCACACUCUCUUGAUACCAUCUACUUCAGAGAGUUAAUCUCUCUGCACUGUUUUAGUCUUGUAUUCCAGCCAGAGAAUGCAUAUUAAUUGUGAUAUUAGUCAAAGCAGAACAUAAAUGGAAAGGAAAUGCGAUGCCAAAACAGGCUUUUUCGAGCUAAAUACAAAUGGGCUUUUAAAAUUACUUCCAGGGCAAUGUACUAAAAAUACAGUGAGGGGCACACAGCUAAGUGUGCUCUUCCGCUCUUCUUGUACUGAAUAAGUUGACUGCUCUUUUCAGAGUGUAUGGAAAUGUGAAGAGUUAAUUCCAUAACUCCCUGUGCUGCUCAGCCAGGCUGGAGUCUCUCCUCAUUAGUCUGCUUUUUGAUGCUUUGCAGUAGUAUCAGUUCCUCACCAAAUGCUUUUAGUGGCCUAAGUUGCAUCAAUUAUUUGGGGCCUGGAAAAGUUGCAGUUUGAAGUGAACUGCCGGAGUCAUGAAGAGGCCUAGUUUGGGUGUGCUACAAAAUCUAAGAGACUUUGAUCAGCCAGCUUCUCCUCUGCACUCCUGUUCAAGUGUGAGAGGGGUUUUCACUUGGACUACAAGUGAGAGAUAAAUACUCCGUUGAAGUAAAUUCUUUGCAGACCGGUGGAUGCUCUAAAUUGUUUAACUUUCUAUAUAGCAGAGCUUCAUGUGUAAAUAGGUUUAAUAAAAUAUUUUUGAAAGCAGUGUAAAGUUUUACAUUAAUAAAUGAGAUCAUUGUGGGGAAAAAUUGACAUUAAAAUUUUUUCUUAGGUGCCCACUAUGAUCUCAUAUUUUGAGGAUACUAGAGACAUUUGUAUUGGCAUUUGUAUUUGGUCUUACGUUUUUGUUUCUAUUGCUUAAUAUACUGUAAUUCUGACAUUGCAGUCAUUUAUGACAAUUUACAGACUUUAGUUCAGCUAGUCAUAGACUAGUAAGUGCUUAAAAUAUACUUUGGUGAUCAUAUAGUCUUAUAUAUCUAGACCAAGAGAUGCUGUUCCUCAGUGUUGCAUACUUCUUUUUAAUAUGUCAACUUUUUUCUCCCCUCAAUUUGGAAAGGUAUUGAAAUAUACUUUAUUUAAAACAAGGCUGCAACAGACAAAAGAAGGUAUUUGUUUUUAGGAUCAGCAGAGAUAAUUGUGUAAAUAAGGUUGUCAUUUUAUUUUUGUUUGUGUGUCCAUAUACUUUAAAGUAAAGUGAAUCAUUCUGUCUUUAAGUUGAACAGUUCUGGUUUGAGAAGACUUUUCUCCAGAAAUAGAUCAUCAUUGUAUAAUAAGGAGUGGAAAUUAUAAAGGCAACUUUAUUCUUUUUUGAAUUUCUGUAUCUCAAAGUUCUGAGUAAUUUUAAGUAGUCAGAAAUUAUAAGCCCUGGGUAGCAAACUCUUUGUUCUUUGACCCAAAUUUUAUAUGCUAAAAUUAAAGUAAACCUUCAGGAGAAGUUAAAGCAGAAAAAUGGGUCAUAACAGUGUUAUCUCAACCUCUAGUGAGACAUUAUUCCUAGGAGAGACUUUUAUUUUAAUAUUGAAGAUGACAUUGUAGAUUAUACUACCUUUUCUCUAAACACAUUUAAAAAAUUUAUUCUUAGGUUCACUUGUAAGUUUUAGUCUUCCAUAAAACAACCCUCUUGCUAUCACCUUUGUUAUUCAGGUUUUCUCCCUUCCUCUCGACCCGCGCAAUAGUAUAUACAUUAUUUACUUCACUUAACUUAUAGUUGGAAGUAGGAGUAAUGAGGAAUAGGCAGUUUAUUGCACAUGUACUAAGACCUCCUGGGCUGACUUUAAUGGCCUGAAAACCAGGCUCCCCUGCUGUUUUCUUCCAGCCCCUAAUCCUCCAUUAAAUUUUAGCUAGCUACUGGAUAGAGAGUCUGCAGCGGCAUAUUUGGUUAAGAGCCAUGCAUGUGUACAUUUGCCCCACACAGGAAUCAGAAUUCAAAUGUGCUGAUGUGCCAGAAGAAGGGAGUUGGAGCUACAAGCCAUCCUUUGUGGAAAAGCUGUGACUCUAAAUCCAAACCAUACCCUGCCGUAACUGCUCUCUAGAGACAAAAGUAUUGCAGGCUCUAAGCUAAAUAGGGGUACCAGUGAGCAGUCUGCAGUUACCCCCAUUUAGUUAGAGCCUGCAAUACUUAUUUUUCCAAAUAAAUCAAAAGGAGACCUUUUAUCUGAUUACAGUGUAAUUCAUUGACAUUAAAAGAAAUAUGUAAAAUAUAGGUAAGCAUAUUGACAAAAAAAAAAAAUCACCUGUAAUCCCACCACUAUUAUUAUCCCACUGUUAUUAAUAUAAUAUAUAAUCCCACUAUUAUAGUUACUAUAUUAAUGUGGUAAUCUACUUCCAGUGUGUGUUUCUCAUACAUAAGCUUGUGUUCUUACACACUCUCUCUCAUACACACUUCAUUUUAAAACAAAUCUAGGAUCUUUCUUUGCCUUCUGAUUGGUAACCUCUAUUUCUACUGUGUGUUGCACUUCGGUGUCUUUAAUACUAGAUUACUUUCCUAUACCUGAGUUCAGCAGUCAUCAAUAUCUCCUUUCAAAAGCCCUAAUUCUGUUUAAUUCCUCACAAGAACCCUGUGUGUUUCUGUUAUCCCCAUUUUACAAACUGAAACACAGGAAAGUCGUGUAAUUUGUUCAAGGCUGCGUAACCAGUGAGAAGGUGGAGCCAGGAAUUAAACCCAGGGAGCUUUAUUCCAGAACCCAUUAUACUAUUUUACAACAACAAGGAAAAAAACUAUUUUCAAAAAAUCAAAUGGAAUGAAGGUAGUCCAAAUAUAUAGGAUAAACAUUUACCUCUCAUUCAGAAAUACAACUUGGAUAAAAUAUUGUAACAGCAAGUGAUGUGUUGGAAGAAGAAGCCAUUUUCCAGACCACACUAUGUACAGUAGGGAUUAGUUUGCUCAUUUUAAGCAGAGAUUGGGUCUGGCAGUAACACAUAUCACGGGUUACUCAAUAUGGAAAGAUCUGUUGACUACUUAAUUUACACCCUCUCUGAAGGUUCCUGGGACUCUGUCUGCCGUGAAUUCAGGAACUCAAAUAUAGUAGGUAGCCUUGGAUGACUUUUAAGAAAUCUUGAGGAAGUGUCACUGUAGGUUCUCUUUUAUAUUCUUUUUAGUUGACCACAACUUUUGAAAUAUAAAUUCUUGGUUUAGUUUCAAAAUUAUGAUAAACUUCUCCCCCAAGUUAGUACAGUACAGAUAAAAAUGUUUAAAAGCACCCACCAAAGGUGUAAGAUUGUAAAACAGCAGUUGGUCUCUUCUGGCAUUUUUCAUUAUAUUUUGUUUGGCAUUCUUCUCUUUGAAUUACUGGUCCAGUUCUUCCUGCGUGUUUGUGUUUGUGUUUAUAAGCACAUGUAUAUAUACAUCUCAUGACAGAAGAAUGGAUUUUGCAUUUAUUUCUAUUGAAAAGUUAAGUAUGAAAAAAAAUGAUGCAUUUUUUCUGAAUAGGAUGAAACGAGGAGGAGAAAGAGAGAGUGACCAUAAUUCAGAAGAAGUUACUGCAGAGAAAUCCAAGAAACUGAGGACUACAAGUGAGCAUUCUCAGACUUGUGAUUGGGGUAAUCUCCUUCAGGACAUUAUUCUCCAAGUAUUUAAGUAUUUGCCUCUUCUUGACCGGGCUCAUGCUUCACAAGUUUGCCGCAACUGGAACCAGGUAUUUCACAUGCCUGACUUGUGGAGAUGUUUUGAAUUUGAACUGAAUCAGCCAGCUACAUCAUAUUUGAAAGCUACACAUCCAGAGCUGAUCAAACAGAUCAUUAAAAGACAUUCAAACCAUCUACAGUAUGUCAGCUUCAAGGUGGACAGCAGCAAAGAAUCAGCUGAAGCAGCUUGUGAUAUAUUAUCACAGCUUGUGAAUUGCUCUUUAAAAACACUUGGACUUAUUUCAACGGCUCGGCCAAGCUUUAUGGAUUUACCAAAGUCUCACUUUAUCUCUGCACUGACAGUUGUGUUUGUAAACUCCAAAUCCUUGUCCUCGCUUAAGAUAGAUGACACCCCAGUAGAUGAUCCAUCCCUCAAAGUACUAGUGGCCAACAACAGUGAUACGCUCAAGUUGCUAAAAAUGAGCAGCUGUCCUCAUGUCUCUCCAGCAGGUAUCCUUUGUGUGGCUGAUCAGUGUCAUGGCUUACGUGAACUAGCCCUGAAUUAUCACUUGUUAAGUGAUGAAUUACUGCUUGCUUUAUCUUCUGAAAAACACGUUCGAUUAGAACAUUUGCGCAUCGAUGUGGUCAGUGAGAAUCCUGGACAGACACACUUCCAUACUAUUCAGAAGAGCAGCUGGGAUGCUUUCAUCAGACAUUCACCCAAAGUGAAUUUAGUAAUGUAUUUUUUUUUAUAUGAAGAGGAAUUUGAUCCAUUCUUUCGGUAUGAAAUACCUGCCACCCAUCUUUACUUUGGGAGAUCAGUAAGCAAAGAUGUGCUUGGCCGUGUGGGAAUGACUUGCCCUAGACUAGUCGAACUAGUAGUGUGUGCUAAUGGAUUACGGCCACUUGAUGAAGAGUUAAUCCGCAUUGCAGAACGUUGCAAAAAUUUGUCGGCUAUUGGACUAGGGGAAUGCGAAGUCUCAUGUAGUGCCUUUGUUGAGUUUGUGAAGAUGUGUGGUGGCCGCCUGUCUCAGUUAUCCAUUAUGGAAGAAGUAUUAAUCCCUGACCAAGAGUAUAGUUUGGAGCAGAUUCACUGGGAAGUGUCUAAGCAUCUUGGUAGAGUGUGGUUUCCAGACAUGAUGCCCACUUGGUAAAAACCAGAUGACAGAGGGCAUGAUGAACAGCACCUUAAUUUUAAGCACGUUGUGUUAUAAUACAAGUUUAUUUCCUGUAGGUCUGAUGUAAUUCUACUGUUUUGUAGUACAGAAAUCUGGUAUCUUCAUUGAGUAUAUAAGGAUUGUUUUUUGGAAGACCCAUGGACCAGUUCUGGUCAGAAAACAUCUAUUUCUUUAGCCUGAUAGCCGUCAGGUCUCAGAAAGUUAAAACAAAAAGUGAUUCAGAUCUGAAAGUAAUAACCAGUAAUAAAGAUUAAACAUUUUACAGUCUGAAGGAAAUAAAACCUAUAUAUUGUACUAUCUAAUAAGUGAGUACUAAUAGGUUUUCCAAAAUGUUAUGUUCUCUAUGCAUUUUUUUAAAAUGUAAACUUGACAUUUUAGGGUCCUCAGUUAUACAUACACCUGUUAUAAGGUGUUUAAUAUAGCUCAGGAAAGUGAGCAUUUUGUGAGAAAAAUAUAGUUAGAUGCAUCGUAUCUAAUGAAGAAGAUUGGUUGAAUGUUCUAAAAUGUUACAAAGCUGUUUAAAGAGGUAUAUAUAAUUAAUUGGAACACUUAAAAAACUGAUGAAUGUCACACAGUGGUUAUUAUGAAAGAUAAUAAAUAGAGCCAAGAUCAAAUUAAAAGAAAAUAAGUGGAAUAGAAGGGAGGCAGUGUUUCGCUUUGUAUAAACUUUUAGGAUUGCUCUAUAAUCUGCUAAACUCUAUAAAUUCUUCUGUGUGAUAUAUUACUCUGUAUGUGGCACUUGGGGCAUCAUAUGUAAAGUAAGGAAUGCUUUACCAGCUCUUCUUGGGUUUAUCUUUGUUUAAACUAGUUUUGAAGUAUUAUACAGUAAUUGAAAUGAGAAGUUUGUCUACUUUAAAAAGCCAAAUUGAAAUAAUUAAAGGUAGAACUUUAAAAUGUUUAUAAAUUGUUUCCAUGAGAGAAUAUUUGUCUCCAGUGAAUUUUAGUGAUGGCUUAUUUUUACAUUUUGGAAUUAUAUAGUUAUGUAAGUAGAAUUUUCAAAAAUCAUAAAAGCACCAAUGUACAGUUCAGCAUAAACAGUAAAUUUGAAAGAGCAUAUAUUUAAGUUCAUAAUCAUUUUUUUGAAUACAUAUUGCUCAGUGGACUGGAAAAUUUUAAUAGAAAAAUGUCUGCAGUUUUGUGAUUGUUAAUUUGGUUAAACUGACAUUUUAUAUUUAAGUUAGGUAGCAUUUUUAUUACUUUCAUAUGAAUAAAGGUAAUCCAUACAUUGUAGAAACUGUAAAAAUAUUAAGUUUGGGGCUAUAGUUUUUUUAGGUAUUAUAUAAACUUUGAUUCUGAGCACUAGUGCUGGUAGAUAUUACCCUCCUGAGGGAAAUUAGAAGUGAUUUAUGCCUGAUGGAAUGUAUUAGUGCUUGAAACUUAGAAAGCAUCUUGGUAGAUAUGGAAGCUAAUAGUGUUAUGGGUCUAAUCUAUUUUUAAAACAGAUUACCUUCCUAAGAAUAAAGUGAAAAGGUGAUUUUCUACAUAAUUUAUGCUUUCAAAAGUGAUUCUGAGCACAUAUAAAUGAGAAGAAAAAAGGCUGAUCCAGACAUGGAAAUUAAAAGCAGUUAUUGUUAAUAUUCCUCCCUCUUACUAAACAGUAAAAAACUUUGUACAAGAAAUACCUGUGUUAGUGGAUAAAGCUUUUUUCUUUGACAACUUUGGAAAAUGGAUUUGACAGUAUGUAAUCAGCUCUACUAACCAAAGCUUUAUUUACUUUUUGUACAAAUUGAAUUAUAUAAUGCUUGAAAAACUUUGUCACUUUAUAAGCAAAAUGCAUAGCACUUAAUUUGUUUAUACUGUAAAGUAUAUGUUAAAUGCUUUUAUCAAUUUGAGAAUAAAGAUAGUUACUAA